UAAAUUUAGUAUCAUUUACGGUCACUUCUUAAACGACAACAAAAUGACUAACAUGGGCUCGGAAAAACCAAGUAUUACAGAGUGGUUUCAGGGUAGACAUGUAUUGGUUACGGGCGGUACUGGUUUUAUGGGAAAGGUUUUGGUGUCGAAGUUCCUCAAGAGCUGCCCGGAAGUUGAAGCGAUCUAUUUAAUAAUAAGAGAAAAAAAAGGUAUUCCUUCAAAAAAUCGAAUUUCGACUUUAGUACAGCAAGAACCGUUUAGAUUACUGCGGGAGAAUCACCCGGAAAGGCUAAAAAAGCUAGUUGUUGUACCGGGUGACACCACGUGUGAUGGACUUGGAAUGUCAACAGAUGAUGCAAAUAUUAUAAAGAACAAUGUUUCUGUUGUUAUUAAUAUGGCAGCUAAUGUGCGUUUUGAUGUGCCACUCAAAAGCGCUGUUACUAUGAACACUAAAGGCACUGCUAAUGUAAUUGCUCUUGCAAAACAGUUGAAAAACCUGGACUCCUUUAUUCACGUAUCUACAGCCUAUUGUCAUUGCCAUGAAACAGUGUUAUACGAGAAACAUUAUCCUGUGAGCAUCUCUCCCGAGGCAAUAAUGAAAAUUGUUGACGAAAUCCCUGAAAAUAUUGUCAGCGCCAUGUCUCCUAAUCUUCUCGGCGAACAACCAAAUACCUAUGCCUUCACUAAAGCUUUGGGUGAAGAUUUAGUAAAUAAAUGUGGUUUACCAUCUGGUAUAUUACGACCAUCUAUCGUGGUAGGAUCAUUAAAGGAGCCUGAUUGCGGUUGGGUAGACAACAUAAACGGGCCUACCGGUUUGAUGAUCGGCGCUGGCAAAGGCGUCAUACGUUCGAUGCUUGGGAAGCCCCACUAUAAAGCUGAUCUUAUACCUUGCGACCUCGCUGUCAACAUGACUAUAGCACUUGCCUGGAAAGUUGGUCUGGAGAAACCUGAGAAGACUCUUUUUGUCAACAGUACUUUAAGUGAUGAAAAUCCUAUCACUUGGGGAGAGGCUAUCGAAACUGGCAGGCAGUGUGUCAUUACUAAUCCCUUCUCACAACCUUUGUGGUAUCCUGGAGGAAAUUUUACAACAUCUAAAUUUGUUCACUUUAUGAUUGUAAUCUUAUUUCAAUUGAUUCCCGCUUAUAUUUUGGAUGGUCUUCUAAUGUUAACUGGAAAUAAACCGUUUCUCAUUAAAGUGCAAGAUAGAAUACAUUAUGGAAUCAAACUAGUCGAUUAUUACAUGAGGAAAGAAUGGGUUUUUAAAAAUGAGAAUCAGAAAGCUCUACUUGAGAGUCUCAGCCUUCAUGACAGAAAAAUCUUUUAUAUGAAUGUAAAGGAAAUCAAGUGGUCCGAAUUCAUCAGCAAUUAUAUUCUGGGAGCUAGAAAAUAUUACCUCAAAGAUGAUCCUUCAACUCUACCUCGAGCUCGACGCAUCUUCGCUUAUCUUUACGUUAUAGACCAAGUCGUUAAAAUUGGAUUUAUGUUACUCGCUGGCUGGCUCAUAUAUUCUUGCCUACUUCCUUAUAAGACAAUAAUCGGUACCUCCUUUCAUGCCAGUGAACUUGUAGAUUAAUAUACAUCCCCUUCGAGUAUUGUUGUCAGUAUGUGCCAUAGAAUACCAGCUUUAUACACGUAUAUCAGUUGAUCGAGAUGUUGGCUGACGUUGACAUGCGAAUGAUGAAUGUUAAUUAGUAUUUUGUUAGUGAAAAAUUAAAAAUGUUUAUGUAAGAUGAUAAUUUACGAUAAAUAGAGUUUAUUUAACGUAGGAAUUUUUCAUUAUUCAGUAAAUUCAAUGCCGUUAUUUGAAUAUCACACUCCAUUCUAUGAUAACUUAAAUUUAAACCAGAAUCUAUGUUCGAUGCU